UCUGGAACUUGCCGUCAGUCCGAGGAAGGUUUGUCGUUUGUUGACUGAAUCGAUGAUCUCCCUUUUUAUCCCUUUUUAAGGUCCACGACAGUUAAGUAAAUACAAUGAGGAACAAAACAACAGACAGCAGGUAGUGACAGAUCUGUACUUUUUAAGUAAACCAGUGUUUAAGGGCAAAGCAAGAGCCAGAAUUAGAGAAGAAGAGGCAGUAGAGACUAUCGCUUUUGGCUGAUCCAGGAUGGCUUCGUCAAAGGCCGUCCUCUGCUAGCUGCUGUGCACAUGAUGCCAUUAGUGGACCCUCGGAGGGCUUCAAGCCACACACAAUCAGGAGCAUCGCGAUCUAGCUUGACACAUCACUUGGGUAAAACUGCAACUACAGAGCCUUCAAGGACAAAAACUACUGAAGUAAACAAGUGAAUCUAUCAGAAGAAGGGAGAACUGCUAAAGAAUCUGGGAAGGACAACAACAAUCACAGAGGGUCACAGACUAAGAGUGGUGGUAACACUCCAGUCAGCUUUCCUUACCUGGGCAACAAACCCCUCGUUCCUCCUCACGGCCCCAGUGUUGGUAAAGGUGGACCUGGUACUCAGGGGUCUGAGGUGUGGGACCUGAGAAGGCUAGAAGAGGAAAGUGAAGUAGCUUUAGAGCGUCGGCGGCAACAGCUGACGCAAGAGUUGAUGCGCGAGAUGGCUGGUGACUCGCAUCACCAUAUGUCAGCUAUGGAUAAGAAGCAAAUGCAUGGUCAACAUGGCCAUCGAAGAAGCAUUUCAUCUUCAAGUAGCAGCUCAUCCUCAUCCACUUCCUCGUCAACCUCAUCAUCCUCAAGUUCCUCCUCCACUGACACUUCAGCUCACAGGCCUGGCCACAAGCGGGACACAAAGCGCAAGCCAAGACCCAGCAAAAGGGUUGUUCCCACAGGCGACCGCUCCAAGCUUAAGAAGACCAAGUCAGCAUCAUCUUCGAGAAAACAUAGUAGUAGCAAAAGCAGUAAGAAGAGUCAUCCUAGUAAGAAGGACCAUGACAAAGUUAGGAGUCACAAGACUAGCCGUUCACCCACCAGAAGGAAGAGUUCCAUGUCCAAGAAACUUUUGUCUCCUGGACGCAAACGCUCACCUUCUCCUAGUUCCAGAAAGUCACACAAGAUAUCACCUGGAUCCUCUAAACGAAGUAAGAGUAGAAAGAGGUCACACUCUCCUAGAGAACGUGUAGAAUACCGAGACAAUCGCAUGGCUGUACCAGAGAGAUCCCUAAGCCAUGGGCGUGACCCUAGCCUUGGAUCUCACGCGGGUUCAUCACGUGGUCGAGAUCCAAGAGUUGAUGAGCGAAUGCGUAGAAUGUCUCCUGAGCAGAUAGGAAGGGACAGAUACAGUGGCAGAGCUGAAUCACCAAGUCGGAGAUAUGAAAAGGAGCGUGGAAUGGAAGAAUAUGUUGAACAGCGCCGAGAGCGUCGGUCUCCCAUAUCAAGAUCAAGAGAAGUUGAAAGGAAGGAUCCUCAUCGACAUAGAGAUUAUGACAGGCAUGAACGGGACCAUUAUGAUGAACGACGACGUGAUGACCCAAGAAGAGAAGAUCGUGAAAGGGAGCAGUUGAGAGAGCGAGAGUUGAGGGAGAGGGAGUUGAGGGAUAGAGAGCUGUUAAAGGAAAGGGAGAGAGUAGAGCUGAUGGAGCGGGAACAAGAACGUGAAAGAGAGAGAAUGAGAGAAGUGGAUGACAGGAGAGGACGCUAUGCAAGAGAGCAUGAAUUUGCAAGGGAGAGAGAAGUAGUGGUACGUGGUGGUGGCAGGGAGUAUGAAGGAGAAAGAGAGUUCUAUUCACCAAGGGGACGGCCAGAGAUAGAUGCAAGAGUUAUGCCUGUUGAUGAUCGACGAGCCUACGAAGACCCAGCAUAUGAUAGAUAUCAGAGUGAACGUGAACGUAGCCGUUAUGAAGCAGGUCGUGAUCGAUAUGAAGAAUUAUCUUUACAUGAUCGUCGAGGACUGCCUCCUAUGGAGGAUCGACGCUCAGAUCGCAGAGGCCCUCCAAUUGAUACUCGUUUUCCAGAUGAACGUAGAAGAAGUGGAGGUAGCCUUGACCCAAGAGCUCAUGAAGCAUGGGUGGAGGAGCAUCGUGGAAUGGAGCGGUUGGAGAGAGCAGAGCACUUUGCCCCCCAUGUUCCCCCUCGUCAUCGCCACCAACCAGACUGGGUGGGAGGCCGUCCACCUGCAGCUUGGGAAAGGCAUAAACACCCCAGGCAUGAAGACUGGGGAGAUGAGUAUGGUGUUGCAGUUGGCAGUCGAGGUGGAGAAUGGGGAGAGGAACCUCAUGAGUGGGUAGGGGACCGUCAGGGUCCUUUGCCACCCCAUCAAGAACAGUGGAGUCAUCCCAGAAGGAGCUACAGGGACGAAUGGGGAGCCAGAGGAAGCGAGUGGGUUGAUCGGCCUCUUCCUGCUUAUUCUGGUGGGCGUGAUUUGGGUCCUCCUGCACCCCAGGGACCUUCAGUUGGAAGGGCAGAUCACAGUCAGCCUCCACCACUAGGACGCAGGACUCGCAGGGAGCCAGUGGAGCAAGUCAUAGACCCACCUCCCUUGGCUGGAUCUUCAAGCUGCCAUCAUCUGCCUCCUAGCAGUGAGGAUGAGGGUAUUGAAAGUGCCUUGGUGCCUCCCAGAGGUGGGGAUGCAGGCACUCCCCCACCCCCGGACCAGGACCAGGCACUCAUGCCAGGUAAUGACGGGGAGUUGUGGGAGUAUGAUCCUGGCAGAGGUUCAUGGGUGCGAAGGGCAGCCGAUGCUCCACCAGCACCUGAAGCUGAGUCACCUUCUAAGAAGGAAAAGUCCUUGUCAGAACCUCCGCAGGAAGCAGAGAGUGAAAAUGGAGGCACUGCAGAGAUAAAGAAAAGGAGUACACCAGAAGAACCUGUCAUUGAGGAAGUAACAGCCAAAAAAACACGAGUAGAAGCUCCAGCAGAUGUUGAGGAGCCUGAAAACACCCUGCAAGAGAAGGAUACAUUCAGUGACAUCAGUGAUGAUGCUGAUGACAUUCUUAAUCAAGAGGUUGGAGGAUACAAUGAUGAUGAUAGUCGCAACUUGAGUUCAAGUCAGUUGGAGCCUGCCUUUUUCCACCAGGAUUCACGGAACAUGAGCCGUGAGAAUGGACCGUCAUAUGAUGAUCUGUUGGAUGAUGAAGAAGCCAUUCACCUUGAGGAGAUCAGUGAUGAUGAGUUAGAAGAAGAUCGUCAGGCUAAAUUUAAUGUUGCAGGUGCUUUGGAUAUAAACUGGGCUUCUCUUGUGCGUGAUACCCCAGCAACACAUGAGGUUGCGGCAGGAACAGCUCUCAAGAGAUUCAGUCCUGCUCACCUGCUGGCACGGAUAGGAGUGUCUACUAGAUAUGCUAGAAAAGAAGUGAUAGAAAAAGUCAGAGCUGUGUGUGCUGCAGACGCUGCUAAAGAUGAAGAACCCAAGGACAUUGAAGUGCCACCUGUAGUGGACUCCACAGGUGUUGUUCGCUUAAUAAAGGCACGAGAGGAGAGCCGCCAAAGAAUCCUGGAUAGUAUUGGUCCCAACAGGAGAGCUCUCUGUGCAAGGCAGGAUAUUGCCCUAAGACGACAACUGUGCAAUCUCCCGGAGCAAGAUCUUCUGGGUGACAAUCCAUUGCUUGACAAGGAUUUGUUUAGACAGUCGGUCUCUUUACUGAAAUCAUGUUGAGCAAGACCUCCUGCAGAUGUUAUAAAAAAAAAUAUAAUAAUAAUUUUUUUUUAUCAAACUGAGAUGAUGCACAAGAGUGGAUACAUCAAAAAUGAUAAUUAACUAUAAAAUUUUCUUACAGAGAUAUUUUCUUGAUUGGGACAGUUAGGUUGAAUAAUAAAACAGUUGUAUUUUAUCUGAUUUUGUAAUUUCCUUGCUUUCCACCAGAGUACUUCAACAUAUAUAUAUUGUAGAAUUGUGAAAUACAUGAAUCUGAUCAUUGUGA